AUGGCUGAGUUGGGAGCGGGAGCAGUCCUCGGCAUCAAACAAUUCUCCGUGCAGUUGACAGGGUUAAGCAUGAAAAGUUAUCGAGCCUAUCAACGAGCGAGAAACGAGCUGGACUAUUUCUGCACCUCGGUUUCAACGUCCUCCGUGACACUGAACCUCUUCUGCCAAAGUAUGAAAGGAGCGAUAGAUCAAGUGAUCGGUCUAGGAAAGGAUUCACAAACGAUUGGGUUGCUAGAACAGCUUUCUAGAGCAGUCGAGGACCGAAUGGGAAAGAUCCAUCAAGGAUUUAUCCGAUUACGAGCACUAGGACAUCCUAAAGCUUCAACUAUCUCACAUCUCCAGACUAGAGUGAUGUGGGUCAUCGUGGAUGAGCGGGAAAUGAAGGAGCUAUUGGCGAGCCUCGAACCCAUCAAGUCGACGAUGAAUCUGCUGGUCAAUCUCUCGCUAAUGAUGGAGUACAGAAAGUCCUGCGAGGCGCGGAUAAAAAUGCUGAAGGGCGAAGCUGAGGAGAAACAACGUCAGUAUGAAGCAUUGCGUACAGUUAGUACCAGCGACGUCAACAAUACUUUCUAUGAGGAGACCAUGCGCCCCCAGCUGGUGAGGGAAAUUGUUGAACGCGUACAUGUUUUGGCGACGGAUCGCGUUUCAGCUUCAAGGGUCAUAAUGAAGGAGGUCGAGCGAGAGCAGACAUCUUCGACACGGACUCGAGAUAAGCUUCGACGAAGCGUUGCACGAGGAGCCCAACUCAUCCUCCUCCAAACUCACCCUCCUUCAUUUUCACGACCAGAACAACCUGGACAGGGCAUGGAUCGAUCACGCCCUCGACCAAUUACUCGAGAAUCGGGGCAAGUUAUCGACCAUACUGCCGAGUUAUUCAGAAGCCCCGGAGAUGAAACCCGACAGACUUAG